AUGGUGGUACACAAAGAAGAAGAGGCCAUCAUUCAAACAUACUCUGAGGCCCAGCAGAAUCGUUAUGGGGACAGUUUGAACCAAAACCUAGAGGAGGUGUUACCAGCCCGAGUUAGAUUGGACACUAGGACCAAUAUCCUGAAGGAAUUAAAGAAGACCUGGAUUAGUUGGACUGUUGAAAGACGCUUGGAAUUUUCAAAGUCAUAUGGCCAUAUCGGUUUCUUGCUACAUGUGGGGGUUAAUUUUGAUGUAAUAACUGUGUUGGUAGAAUUCUGGAACCCUUAUUAUCAUUGCUUCACUCUUGAAGGGGUAGACAUGGCCCCAACGAUGGAGGAAUAUGUGUCCUUGUUACAUUUGCCAAAGACCUAUGAGCCCUACAAGCCUAAUACAGUGACGUCUUUCAGAAAGGAAUUAUGCAAAAUACUUGGGGUCAAGCCCCGAAGGGUAAAUGCGCAUGUAGGGAAAGAAGAUAAAACUAUCUCGUGGGACAAUCUGACAGCAAUGGUAAACCAGGACGAUGCAGAGAAAAGUCACAUGAGCAUGCUAGCUCUUGCUAUUUAUGGGCUGGUAAUCUUCCCAAAGGAAAUGGGGGUCAUUGAUCAUGGAACUGUCUCCUUUUUGGCCCAGAUCCAAGGAGGUGUCAAUCCAGUGCCAGGUAUUUUGGCAGAAACAUUUCGGUCGCUAAAUCAUUGCCGAAUUAAGGGGAAGGGUCGGUUAAAAUGUUGUAUCCCUCUACUUUAUGUUUGGUUUAUGAGUCAUGUACCUUGCAAAGAGAGUUACUUUCACCCUAUAUAUUCUAGCCUCCGAAUCCCUUUGACUGAUUUUGAGAAAGCUUCAUGGGAGGAUUACCCAAGCAAGGAAAAAUGGGCUGGCAGAAUGCAUAAUUGGGAAACCAAGGGAUUUUCAUGGUUAGCCCCAUGGAUGGGGAACUCAGAUAUGGUGUACAGAUGUGGGGAUUUCCCAUGGGUUCCGUUGCUAGGCCCAUGGGGAGGAAUAGCUUACGCCCCCCUCAUGUUCAGAAGACAAGUUGGGUCUUGCCAGUUUAUACCUAUGACUCACGGGUUGAGCAAAUCGGAGUUCACCUACGAACAAGAAGAGGACCACAAGAAGAUGGGAAAGUUUGUAGCAGCAUGGCAAAUUGUACACAUUAUUGGCUCGGGCAAGCGUUUGACAGAAGUUCAAGGGAAUUAUUACAAGUGGAUUGCUAAUCGGAUAAGUCUGCAAGUUGCAGGAAUCCCAAAUCCACUACAAGCUCCGAUGAAUCAAGAUCUAAUGGAAGAAAGAAUCAAGGAGGUCGAAGUCAUUACUAAAAAGGCAAAAGAUAGAGAGCGCCAGAUAAUUCGUAAGUAUCAGAAAAAUGUGAAGCGAAAGAGGGACAAAUGCAUACAAGCUGAAGAAGAAAUAGUAGCCCUUAGAAAGAGGCUUCAAGUAGAAACUCAGAUCAACAAAGCUUGGACACAGAGAUGA